UCCCAAAGCCGAAAAGAUACUGUUACGGUGCUCUUUAUUCAUGAAGGGUGACUGCGUAGAUUCUGGGAGGGUGGAGAAUAGCGGAGCGAAAGGGGCGUAGCUUCUGCAAUGGCAGGGUCGCGCGGCUGUUUGUUGUCAGUCCCAGGCAGCGGGUUAUGGCGACUGCAGUGAAUGAAUUCUCCGGGCGGGAGAGGGAAGAAGAAGGGCUUAGCUGGCUCCAGUUCCCCGACCCGGGCCGCCGGGGCAUCCCUUUCGCCCUCAUCUGCGGCCGGGCCGGCUCCCUCCGUCCAGCACCAGCAGGCGGCGGUGGCCUCUCCUCACAAGCGGAAUCUUUACUACUUCUCCUAUCCGCUCUUCGCCGUCUUCGCGCUGCUUCGCUUCCUGGCCUUCCAGCUCGGGCUGCUCUUCGCCUGGCUCUGCGAACGCUUCUCUCGCGGCGGGGCGCUCAUGGCAGCCGCCAAAGGCACCGCCAGCAGGACCAGCGCCGGUGAUGCUCCCGAGACGGUGAGAACCUGCCACAAGCGCGCCUUCGAGUGCAUCUCCACGGCCUUGCGCAUCGACGAGGACGAAACCGCAGGUCAAAAGGAACAAGCUGUUGAAUGGUACAGAAAAGGAAUUGAAGAACUGGAGAAAGGAAUAGCUGUACUAGUUACAGGUCAAGGUGAUCAUUAUGAACGAGCUCGACGUCUCCAGUCUAAAAUGAUGACAAAUUUGGCAAUGGCCAAGGACCGUUUGCAGCUGCUAGAGAAGAUGCAGGCAGUUAAGCAAAUUCCCAAGCCGCAAAUGGAAGUCUAUAGUGACAAUACUAACCUGGUAUGCCGCAAUGGACAUCUCCAGUCAGAAAGUGGAGCUGUUCCAAAAAAGAAGGAUCCACUGUCUCAAACUAGUAACUCGCUCCCUCGUUCAAAGUCUGUGGCAAAGCCUGGAUCUGUAGGCCUUUCAGGGCACCAAAGGACACCUAGUUAUAGUGGAAUAUCCAAUUUCACUGUGCCUAGACAGGGACCAGCUCCAGCAACAUCAACUCAGAAGGCUACUCCAAAGAACAAUAGAUCCAACAAGCCUACUACUCCUACAACUGCUGUACGAAAAAAGAAAGAUGUGAAGAUUUUUAGAAAUGUGGACAGUAACCUUGCUAAUCUUAUUCUCAAUGAGAUUGUAGACAGCGGGCCAUCUGUCAAAUUUGAUGAUAUUGCUGGGCAGGAGCUAGCAAAGCAGGCGCUGCAAGAAAUUGUUAUUCUUCCAUCUCUUAGACCUGAGUUGUUUACAGGGCUCAGGGCUCCUGCACGUGGAUUGUUGUUGUUUGGCCCACCAGGAAAUGGGAAGACAAUGCUGGCCAAAGCAGUGGCUGCAGAAUCUAAUGCAACCUUUUUUAACAUAAGUGCAGCAAGUCUGACAUCAAAAUAUGUUGGUGAAGGGGAGAAACUGGUGCGUGCUCUUUUUGCAGUGGCCAAAGAACUUCAGCCUUCUAUAAUUUUUAUAGAUGAAGUUGAUAGUCUCUUAUGUGAAAGAAGAGAAGGUGAACAUGAUGCCAGCAGACGUCUAAAAACAGAAUUUUUAAUAGAGUUCGAUGGUGUACAGUCUUCUGGAGAAGACCGAAUACUUGUGAUGGGAGCAACUAACAGGCCACAGGAACUUGAUGAUGCUGUUCUCAGGCGGUUCACCAAGCGGGUAUAUGUAUCCUUACCAAAUGAAGAGACACGAUUGCUUUUACUAAAAAAUCUCUUGAGCAAGCAAGGAAAUCCAUUAACUCAAAAAGAGUUGGCACAGCUAGCUAGAAUGACAGAAGGAUACUCGGGGAGUGACUUAACAGCAUUAGCAAAGGAUGCAGCUCUUGGCCCUAUUAGAGAACUAAAGCCUGAGCAAGUGAAGAAUAUGUCUGCCAGUGAGAUGAGAAACAUCAGAUUGUCAGAUUUCACUGAGUCCUUGAAGAAAAUAAAGCGUAGUCUUAGUCCUCAGACCCUGGAAGCUUAUAUUCGCUGGAACAAGGAUUUUGGAGAUACUACAGUCUGAUACCAGCUUUAUAAAAUGAAGGGAGAGUGAUGCCAGCAAGGGAUGGUUGAUUCAAACUGCUGCUGGAAUGUAACUGGAGUUUACAGGACCUCACAGAUUUCUAAGUUUCCACACUGAAAUUAGGCUGAUUUUAACGGAGAAAGCAAAUAGAAUUAUCGAUCAAGAACUCUUAGCCUUUAACAUUUGGAUUUAUACAAGGGGCACUGUAACAGAGCACAAUAAAGAUGUUGGAGGAAAAACUCUAACAAUUAAGUGAUGGUAGGAAAUGUAAUUGGUGUAUUUUGUUGCUGACUGAAAUAUUCUAAUAGCAUUAUCCAUUGAAAAAAAUGCUUUUUAUUUGCUCAUGACAUUUUUAAAUUUCCCUUUUGUUAGCUUCUAAAUUGUAAAGUCUAUCUGUUUUCUUGACCUGUAUAUAUAUAAUGUGCCAAAUUAAAAUACACUUGAUAUCAAGAACAGUAUUGGACAUAACAUUGUUUUUAAAAUUCUGCAGUAUAAUGGAGCUGGCCUGUUGCUUUUUGUUCUAAUGGAACCUAGAAUAAGAUACGUGACCGCCAAACAGUAAUGACCAGUGAAGCCAAUGCAAUAUUAAGUGGCUUAGAGUUUCCAGUCUUAAAUCAUUCUUUUUCUGCAGUAUUUCUCUGGUAUUGUAGAUUUGUGGCCCAAGUAUGUAAUGGUAUUGACUGUCAAAGGAACUGCUACCUUUCUUCUGGGUAUUAGUUUCAGAUUUAAAAUGAGUGAAAGCCAGAGAAGUUUCCACUCUGUAAAUUUUUUAAUCUAUGCAAGUGAUCAUGGCUAUGGUUACUUGUUUAAUUAUGGUAGUCUUUUAUACCUUUCAUAUACUUCAGUUUGUAGACUGUAUUCUGCAAAAGACUCAACUGACUUUUAAAAAGUGCAGUAACUAAAUUGUUUCUUGUAAAUACAUUUAUUUGUAUGGUAUGAAUGACAUGUAAAUCCAUGGCCUUUUAAAAUUAAAGGGGAGGCAUAUUUGCUUCUUUGUGGUAUAAUGGUUUGGUGUUUACAGAGUUGAUUUUGUUUUCUUAUUGCUAUGAUUAAAAUGCCACCUAAGUAAAAA